AUCCGUUGUCUCACCUUACUAGUACUACUAGUAGCCGCCAGCUCGAGGUUUUAGAGAUUGACGAGUCAAGGAUUCUCAAGGCGUCCGGCGCCAACCGGCUAUUUCCCCCGGCUGCCUGCGAUGAAGCACCAGAGAUGCCACCAGCUUUCUGCCUUGAAGGCGGCGCUCCCCGCCGCGCUCUCCCCAGCUCUCGCCAUGGCGCUCUGGCUUGUCGCCUUCAACGUCUCGUCGUGCCACGCGCAAGUGAUCAAUGCUUCUCAAGGGUUGUUUCUCAGCGACGUCCAGACGGAAUGGGGCAUGGGGUGGAAGGUGGGAGACAAUUGCAGCACUGUGGCAGGCAUCAUGUGCGACGCUUCAGGCAUGAUCACCUGGAU